AUGUACGAUGUUGCCGUGGUGGGAGCCGGCCUGAUCGGCUCAGCUUGCGCCAAGUAUCUCCGCGGCAAAAAGCUUUCUGUUGCGCUGGUGGGACCAACAGAGGAGCAAGGCGCACUUGGCUCGUGCUAUGACGAGGGCAGGAUCUAUCGCAUCGCGGACCCAGACAAAGUGUGGGCAGAUCUGGCAGAGGCUUCCAUCCAACGCUACAAGGCGAUCGAAGAUGCAGCAGGAGAGGCAUUUUUCGAGGAGGUGGGUUGCUUGAUCGUUGGCGACCCGUCAUUGGACUGGAUCCACCGGAUUCGUCGGACGCUGGCGGCGUUUGGCACGGAGGGCAAGGAUUUCUUCGCCUUGGACGGCAAGGCGGCCAUCGAAGCCGAGUUCUCGUUCUUGAGGCUGCCUGCGGCGCAGUGGCUGGGUCUUUGGCAGCCGAAGCGGGCUGGGCAUCUCAGCCCGCGCCGGCUGGCGCAGCUGCAGGCGGAGCUCUGCACCAGGAGCGGCGCCGAUGUGUUUCACACCCAACUGGAGGGAGUGCAACGGACCCCCGGCGGCUGGUCGCUGCGCUUGGCAGAUUCUCAGAUCGAGGCCAGGAAGGUUCUGCUCGCUGCCGGGGCCAUGACCUCCUGGCUGUGGGAACGGCCACUGGACGUGAAGCACCAGACAUCGCAGGCGAUUUUGUACGAGGUGUCGGCGGAAUCCCGGCACAAACUGGAGAAGAUGCCCGUGAUGAUCAUCAACGGGCCUGCUGACCCACAGGAGCGCUGGUACAUUUUGCCCCCCAUCCAGUACCCGGAUGGCAGAUGUUACCUGAAGAUGGGCUAUGAUGGCGAUGCGUUGAACAAGAUCUUGCAGACGCAAGAGGAGGUCACAUCUUGGUUGAGAGCCAAGGAGAUCAACCCGGAAUUGCUGUUAGUCGCCGGUGAAGCGAAGAGCAGCCUCUUUCCCUCGGUGAAGUUUACCGGGCGCGAGAGCCGAAUUGUUUGUAUCACGGACCAGACGAAGCCCAACGAGCAGGGCCAGCGCCGGCCCUACGUCGACUUUCUGCACGCUGGGCUGGGAGUAGCCACCGGAGGCAACGGCUGGGCGGCCAAAAGCUCCGAUCACAUCGGGUGGCUGGCCAGUGAGAUGAUGUCCAGUGACUCCGGCUGGGCCACGGAUGCGGAAACUCUGCGACGCUUCCCCAAGGCUUUGUUCCAAGCUCAGUACAAGACGAAUUCCGCGCUUUGA